CCUAUAAAUACAAGCCCAGUCCCUCACAGCUACACCAGGCAGAGAGCAAAGACAAAGAAGACACAGCUUUAGCGACUGCGCGCACUGCUGAUCUGACUGUGAGAAUGAAGCUGUAUAUGUGUGCGAUCAUGCUAUGCCUUGUUCUUGGGGCCCAGGCUCAGUGGUAUAAGUUCCCAGGCCAAGCACUGGGAGGGGCUUAUGACAUGGGGCGAGCCUACCUGCACAUGGUAGAUGCCAAUUAUAUUGGUGCAGACAAGUACUUUCACGCCCGCGGGAACUUCGAAGCAGCUCAGAGAGGCCCUGGAGGGAAAUGGGCAGCUGAAGUGAUCAGCGAUGCCCGUGAAGCCUGGCAGAGCUUCCAAGGCAGGGGGCAUAAGGAUACUGCAGCUGACCAAGAGGCCAAUCGCCACGGACGAAACGGAGGGGACCCCAACCACUACAGACCAGCUGGCCUCCCCGAGAAAUACUGAGUGGCUUCAGCCUCAGCCACAGCGGGAUGUGUUCAAAAGCACAUGUACAAUCUCAUACUGCGCGAAUACAAUUUCGGGGAUGGAUAUAAGAUGCCUAUUGCAUAGCAGUUUGAUCCAUUCCAAUCAAGCUGGCUAACUAUACAUUGCAUCUGCACCACAGGAGUAAACAGGCACCUGGGAGACGGGCCAUUUAAACAAAACUGGGUUCAGCACACCUGCAUUACUGAAACUGAUAAAAUGUUGUCGUUUUUCUGGAUGCAGUUGUGCAACAUAGACAAUACCCUCCAAUAAAGCAAAGAAUUCUU